CGAUGAAGCAGGGGUGUAGCCACGAUUCCUUCCGUUCCAUCUCCACCGGCUAAACUGCCCUCGCCUCCGAUCGAACAGACGUUCCUCCUCCGUCGCCGCCGCGGCCGUUUGAUCCUCCUUGCGAGUCCGAACCUCCCCACGACGGCACGCGGCCGGAUCCAGAUCGGGAGUACUCCCCACUCCCCGCGCUUCUCCUUCGCAUCACAAGCGGCCCCGGCCCCAGACCCCUAGCCGGAUCGGAUCUCGCGCGGCGCCGUGCCGGAGAUGAUGUCGUCGUCGUCGGACGCGGCAGCGGCGCUGGAGCUGCAGGAGUCCGGGUGGGAGGAGCUGCGGCGGGAGGCGCGCAAGCUGGAGGGCGACCUCGACGUGAAGCUCUCCUCCUACGCGCGCCUCGCCGCGCGCUCCUCCUCCUCCGCCUCGGGCGCCGCCUCCCCCACCGCCGACCGCUCCUCCUGGAAGUCCAUGGAGUUCGAGAUCCAGUCGCUGCUCGGCAAGCUGCAGGACGUCAACGACGCCAUGAGCCGCUGCGCCGCCUCCAGCGCCACCACCACCUCCGUCUCCCAGAAGCUCGCGCGCCACCGCGACAUCCUCCACGAGUUCACGCAGGAGUUCAGGCGGACGAGGGGGAACCUGAGCUCCAUGAGGGAGCACGCCGAUCUACUCAACUCCGUCCGAGACGACAUCACCGAGUCCAGGGCCUCCGGUGGCAUGUCGCCAAGAGUGCAUUUGCUCAGGGAACGAGCUUCCAUUCAUGGCAGCAUCAACCAGAUUGAUGAGGUAAUUGGCCAAGCUCAAAGCACAAGAGUAGCUCUUAACAAUCAGAGGGCCAUGUUUGGAGACAUUCAAGGGAAAGUGAAGCAGCUGGGUGAAAAGUUCCCGGUAAUCAGAGGUCUUCUUGGUGCCAUCAAGCGGAAGAAAUCAAAGGACACCAUAAUCCUCUCGGCAGUGAUCGCGGCCUGCACCAUCUUCCUGAUCAUUUACUGGCUUUCGAAAUGAUGGGUCGCACCUGAGAGAAGCUCCCGAUCUCCCUUGGCCCGGAUUAGCUGGUUGAUAUCAGAUAGCUGUAUCGUCUGCCUCACCGAGAAAGAUGGAACGAACGAGAGAUCAGUUUCUUCAGCUUUUCAUUGAUUUUGUUCGACAACUGUUGUGCCCUGUAUCUGAGAUUCCACAUGUAGAGAAUUUUUGCUGGUUCAGUAAAUACACAUAUACAUGCAUGGUAACAUCAAGCUAAUGCUUUCUGUCAUAAAAAGUGCUUGCUGUUCGAAUGCUU